UUGGAAAAAUUAGAUUGCAAUUUCAAACGUGUUUCAGCGCUUUGUCUGUACAGUCCUGUGGUUAAUUAGUUCCUACUUUUAAAUGUGGUGAAAAAAAUGAUUAUUCAAAGUGUGUUGGUAUUGUAAAAACGAGAUUGGAAGAAGAAUAAUUCAAUACUUUAGUGCACAUUUCCUGUUGGCUGCCUUUUGGCAUUUCUAACCUCAAACUGAGAACUGUUCCGCUUGAACGACUAUAAGAAGACGCCUGCUAGUUAUCGAAAAAUGGCUCGCGGAAGACCGAAGCGGGAAGCGACUGCCAAUGGCGAUGCACCGGCAGCCAAAGUGCGUUCGUCCCACAAAUUUGAAUUAGCACUUCCGACGCUGCCUAAAGCAUGCGGUAAUGUGCUAUCAUGUGGUCAAGGAGAAUUUGGCCAGCUAGGUCUCGGAGAAGAUGUAAUGGAAAAAUCUAGACCAGCGUUAAUCGACGGUAUGAAGGACGUGGUGGACAUUUCUGCCGGCGGAAUACACAACUUAUGCCUGACGCGCAAGGGAGAAGUGUACUCGUUCGGAUGCAACGACGAAGGUGCGCUAGGACGGGCCACGGCUGACGACGAUGGAGCGGAAUUUCAACCUCGAUUGAUCGCUCUUCCGGCACCGUGCUUGAAGAUAUCUGCCGGGGAUUCACACUCGGCCUGUUUGCUUAAUGACGGACGCGUUUACGCGUGGGGAUCGUUUCGGGAUUCGCAUGGUAAUAUGGGACUCACACUGGAAGGAAACAAACGCUUACCGAUCGAGGUUCUACCCGGUACCAAAUCGGUCGAUAUUGCUUCCGGCGGAGACCAUCUGGUUAUUUUAACUGAGAUUGGCCAUGUCUAUACCAUGGGAUGUGCGGAACAGGGCCAAUUAGGUCGUAUUUCGACCCGCGCUGCGUCUGGCGAGUCUCGGAGAGGUAAAACAGAUCUACUAAAACCGGGCGUUGUUACAUUGAGAGGAAAGUUCGUACUCGCCGACGCCAUUUGGGCUUCUACCUACUGCACAUAUUUUAAGGAUCGCAACACAUCGAAAAUUUUUGCUUUUGGGUUAAAUAAUUACUGUCAGCUGGGAAUCCCGAAUCCUAGUGAGAACGUAGUGAAACCUGUAUUCGUACCGGAGCUAACCAGCUUCACAGACGUUCGGAGCAUCGCAGGAGGUCAGCAUCAUACAUUGGUUCUCAAGAACGACAAUCAAGCGUACGUGAUUGGACGUAAAGAGUACGGCCGGCUUGGGCUGGGCAAUGUUUCGGCUGAUGCCAAAAUAUUGACCUUGGUUGACACGAUAGCCACUAAAAAAGUGGUGGAGAUUGCCUGCGGUGAAUGUACAUCUUUUGCAGUGAUGGAAAGUGGAGAAGUCUAUGCGUGGGGAAUGGGCUCUAGCCAACAGCUUGGGACUGGAAGCGAAGAUGACGAAAUUAAACCCGUGCUAGUAGUCAGCAAACAACUUCAGGGUAAGAAGGUUCUGAAAGUAUCUAGUGGAGGUCAGCACAGCUUGUUUUUGGUCGAAGAUAAACCGUCUAAAGAUCCUGCUCCAGUGUCGGAUGCGGCAAAGCCAGCGGCUAAAUCGAAGAAACCUUUCAAUGUGGAGGAAGCCGAAUCAUCGUCAACUCCGGAAGAAGAAUGCAGUAGUUCGACGAAACCAACUGAAGGUGCGAAAAAAGUGGUUGAAAAACCUAAAACAAAUGGAACUGUAGUAAAAGAUUCCACCAACAAUAAAAGUGAUGGAGAAUUAGUUAGUAGCAGUAGUAGUACUGGCACCACGGAAGCAAUGGUGACAGAGUCAACUGACAGCAAAUCGACGGCCCGAGGACGAAAGCGAAAGCUAUAACGGCCUUCUGGGGAGGUGUAAGGAGUAGAUAUAUUUACCAGUAAAUAUUUUAAGUUAGUUAGUGAAUGAAAGCAACACUUAACACUAAGUGCUACAACAGCAUUGUAGAGAAAAACUGAUUUUACACUUUCGUAUUUCAUGGUUUGUUAGACAAUAUCAUUUCACAAACAUUUCUUUUUGUUCUUACCCUGCUUCAGUAUUUUCGUUUCCUUAUGUAUACUCGUUCGUUCGUUGUUAGCAACCAUCAUUAGGCUAGACUCUAGAUUCCUAGUUUUGUUUGAAUCUUGUUAUCUGUAAUUGUUCUACGCAGAAAAAAUAAAUAAAAAACUGAGUAUCUUGCUGACUAUUCAAUUCAAAUAAAUCAUCCUUUUUGAAA